AUACCUGCCUGGCUCAACGAUCGUCUAUUCGAAUACCAAAGGAUAGGACUCAAAUGGAUGUGGAAGUUACAUCAGGAAGAAGCUGGAGGUAUCAUUGGCGACGAAAUGGGGCUCGGAAAAACGGUACAAGCGAGCUCGUUCAUUGGAGUCUUGGCGGCUUCACGCAAGCUAAAAUCUGUUUUGAUUAUAUCGCCGGCGACCAUGCUUCAGCAUUGGCUCAACGAGUUGGCUGUUUGGGCUCCUGGCCUACGGCGCAUUUUAAUUCAUCAAUCUGGGGAAGACCUGGAGACGUUACCUUCCCACUCCUUCUGUGGGACGGGUUAUGUCGUGCUUACAACCUAUGAAAACGUACGCCGCAAUACCGAUAUUUACACGGAACACGCAUGGUCGUACGUUGUGUUGGACGAGGCGCAAAAGAUUCGAAAUCCAGACGCAGACAUAACGUUAGCUUGCAAGCGAAUACGGACUCCUCACCGGUUGGCUAUGAGUGGCACGCCAAUUCAGAAUGAUCUAAAAGAAUUGUGGUCGCUCUUCGAUUUUGUUUUUCCAGGACGACUCGGCACUCUCCCUGCUUUUGAACAAGAGUUCGCCGAUACCAUCAAACGAGGAGGAUAUUCCAACGCGUCUCCCAUGCAAGUACAGCUUGCCUACCGCUGCGCCAUGGUCUUAAGAGAUCUGAUCAAUCCCUAUCUCCUUCGGCGUCAGAAAAAGGACGUUAUUGAGGUAAGUCGAAUGCCUGGUAAAACCGAGCAUGUGCUUUUUUGCCGGCUAAGUCAACGACAGCGGGCUCUCUAUGAGGCAUUCUUGCUGUCGGACGAAGUUACAAAAGUUGUGAAGGGCUCCAAGCAACUCUUUGCUGCAGUCACAAUGCUACGAAAGAUAUGCAAUCAUCCAGAUCUGGCUUGUGAUCCAGACGAGGCUUCUUUUGAGUCUUUUGUUCGGAACGGUUACGUGAAUCAAGGCGACCUCGACGAAGACUUGUCAGACCUUGACAGUGACAUUGGAGAGGAGAAAUCGCUUGUGGAGCGGUCUGGAAAACUCGAGGUCCUGUCCAAAAUCCUUCCGCUGUGGAAAAAACAGGGACAUCGUGUAUUGAUAUUUUGUCAAUGGCGCAAAAUGCUAGACAUCAUUGAACGCUUGAUUAUGUUGAAAGAAUGGAAAUUUGGACGACUCGAUGGCAAUACCAACGUCGCUUCACGACAACGAUUGGUGGAUCAGUUCAAUUCAGAUGAGUCCUAUUUUGGAAUGCUAUGCACAACCCGAACUGGAGGUGUUGGGCUCAACUUGACUGGUGCCAAUCGAAUCAUUCUAUAUGAUCCAGAUUGGAAUCCGCAGACUGAUGCUCAAGCCAGGGAACGCGCUUGGAGAUUUGGACAAGAGCGUGAAGUGACAGUUUAUCGUUUGAUCACUGCUGGGACUAUCGAGGAAAAAAUCUACCAACGCCAAAUAUUUAAAACUGCGCUUUCUAACAAAGUGUUGCAGGAUCCGAGGCAGCGUCGCCUGUUUUCUCAGAAAGAUUUACGGGAUCUUUUCACUUUGAAAGCUGAUGCUGGGAGUGUUCGAUCUGGAGGGGAAGGCCUCACAGAAACUGGAGCAAUAACUCGCCAUGGUGGAGUCGUUAAUAUCGACGAAGAUCCGACUGAUGAACCAUCGCUUGACAACGACGAAGCUUUAAAAACAGUUAUGAGGAGUAGAGGGCUCGCGGGAGUAUUCGAUCACAAUUUUGUCGAAAUCGACUCGACGAAAAAGUCAAGAACGCUACGGGAAAUGGAAGAGGAAGCAAAAAGGGUUGCAAAAGAAGCUAUCGACGCUUUACAGCAAAGUGUCGCAACUAAGCAGCGGUUCGUCCCAACUUGGACGGGCUCCGAAGAAACGCAACAGAGACGCUUUGGAACUCCCAAAAUGCACAUGGUCGACUCGAAAGACAGCCUUAGUUCGCGAACGUUGUUAGCAUCUAUCCGCCAAAGAGACAACGCUGUUCAUUCCGGCGGAAACCAUUUGCCUCCAUCCGACGAAAGUCAAGAGUACGCCAAGCUUUUGGCCAAAAUAAAAGAUUACGUGUACCGUUAUCGACCGACAACAGAUGAUUUGCUGAAGGAAUUUGAAAGCGUCUCAAACACUGAUGUCGCGAUUUUUCGCAGGCUACUAAAGUCAGUGGCGAAUGUGGAUUCUGGAAGGUGGUUAUUAAAAUAGGAAACAGUUCACCGUC